GACCGGACGAGGAAUCCAAGAUGGCGGGUGUUUCUACUUCUCAUCUUAUGAGAGGAAUAACUCAUCAACAGAGAGUAACACGGCUAUACAGGAACAGUCUAAAGCAUCUACUAUCAUGGUGCAUAGGUCGUGAAGGCUGGAGGAAAGAAGCUUUAGAGCUGAGGGCUCGUUUUGAUGCGUACAAAGACGAGACAGAUCGUCGAGUAAUAAAUGCUGUUGUGGACGAAGCGGAGGCAGAGUUUGAAAGAAGAAAGCACCCUUAUCCUUAUAUAAACCCUACUGCCCCUGAUGGUUCCAAAUGGGAAAGAAACACUCCACCAGCCCCUCAUGUUUUACAGAUGCUUCCACAAGAAGAACAAUGGUAYAAGGAAAUGAUGGAUUAUGCAAACUACAAAACAGAUUAGAGAAAACAUUAAAACAAAUGAAUGUAAAAAUUAUUAGUCUUUCAAUCUAUUUGUACAGAUCAUAAUCAAAGCCUGAGUGUUUAUAUCUAACUUGUUGAAACUGUUUACAAUCCCUUUAUUUUGACAUCGAUAAGUGUUUUUUUUUUGUGUGUGUCUGGUGUAAAACAAGUUAUCAGUAAUAAAACAUAUUUCACAAUGUUA